AUGUUUGUCAGAUCUGCAAGAUAUGCCUUUUCGACUUUCCCUUCACCUUUAGUCUCAGUGCAAUAUUUGAAAUAAAAUCUCAAUAAAGUCAAAGUCUUAGAUUGUUCAUGGUACCUUCCUCAAAUGAAUCGCAAUGCAGAGUUAGAAUACAAAAAAUCACACAUUCCUGGAGCAAUCCGUUUUGAUAUCGAUGCAAACAGCCUCUAAGAAACUAGUUUACCUCACAUGCUUCCAAAAACAGAAGAUUUUGAAAGGUCUGUAUCUGACAUGGGAAUUAGUAAUAAAGAUCAGAUAGUAGUUUAUGAUGGAAUGAAUAUCUUUUCGGCUGCAAGAGCAUAUUGGUAAUUCAGAUACUUUGGACACAAAGAUAUAGCAGUCUUAGAUGGCGGAUUUCCUGCUUGGGUUCGAGAGAAUUGUGCAGUUUCUGAUGCUCCACCCUUGAUAAAGGAAGCCAAGUAUAAAGCCACUCCUUAAGUUCAUAUGUUGAGAGAGUUGGAUUUCAUAUUAAAAAAUAUAGAGAAUCAAAAUAAAGGGAAGAGAGGAGAUCAAGUUUUGGAUGCUAGACCUGCUCCUAGAUUUAAUGGAGAGGUGCCUGAACCCAGACCAGGAUUGUCGAGUGGUCAUAUGCCUUAUUCAACUUCGUUACCUUUCAGUCAAUUAAUUGAUUAAAAAACAGGAUUGAUGAAGACACCUGAGGAAAUCAAAGAGAUUCUCAAUAGUCUCAAUGUUGAUGUGAAUAGAAACAUAGUGUGUUCGUGUGGAUCGGGUGUUACAGCUUCAGUGAUUUAUGUUGCAUUGGAAAGGAUAGGGUUGAAGAAUAUCUCAUUGUACGAUGGAAGUUGGAGUGAGUAUGCUGCUACCAAGGAUGUGGAGAUAAGAAAGAAGUGA